AUUCCAUGGCGGGAGGUCUGCAUGUAAACAGCGCGAUGGAGAGCGCCUUGGUGCAGGACAACCCGCUGCUGUUACCUCUCAACCAGGAGAGGACGGUCUACGACGGGUUCCUCUCAGUCCAGGAGCGGGACUUCCGACUCCGAGUGCUCCUCCCACCUGGUCGUCCAUUUAAACGUGCCAGGCUGCACUGCUGCUGGCAGUUGAAACACCUGUUGCAGGGGUACGAACACAUAGUGAAGCAGAGGCUGCAGCAGUCGGCCGAUCUUGUCACUUUCAUUCUGGAGCUGAAGACGGUUUUGGAAGUUUGUCUGAAAAGUCGACCCGAGUGCCGCUCCAUCCCGCCUCCACGGUACUACUCCCAGCUCAUCGCUGAGAUGGAGACCCUCGGCUGGGGCAGGCUGCUCUUCAUCGACAGCGAGUUCAGAACGUUGAAACUGAAGGCGGAGGACUCCUCCGGAAGACAGCACGUUCUCACUGUUAAACUCAAGUCUAGGCACCCUGCAGAAGCUCCUGGGUGCUCGGCUGACUUGCCAGUCCCUCUGGCCAUAACUUGGACACCACAGAGUACCCUGGACCAGCUCCACAACCAGUUCCUGCUGGUUCUGGAGUCCCUGGCCGAGUUCUGGGGCGCCCUGGACGAGAUCGACAGCAAGACCUGGAUUCUGGAGCCAGAGAAACCCAGCCGGUCCGACACCAUGAGGCGGAUCGCCAUCGGAACCAACGUAUCCAUCAAAGUGGAGGUGGACCCCAAACACCCCACGAUGCUGCCGGAGUGCUGCCUGCUGGGAGCCGAGCAUGCGGUGGCGCCACUGAGGGACAAGCUGAACGCCAACAUGCACCUGUGGAACCCGGACUCCGGCGUCUUGCACAACCUCCGGGAUGUUUUGGAGAUCGAAUUCCCGUCACCUGCCACCCACGAAAAAUCUAGCUUCAGCAUUGAGUGUGGGAUCUGUUACUCCUAUCGCCUUGAAGCUGCCAUCCCGGAUCAGGUGUGCAAUGACCCCCGCUGUGGCCAGCCCUUCCACCAGGCCUGUCUGUACGAGGUAUGGACGGACACACACACACACACACACACACCCACUGUAGUCCAUGUGGUCUCUGUGCUCAUCACUGAGUCGUCUCCUCUAUUCAGCGAGCGUAUCGACGCGUCUCUUUCACGCUGGGGAACAAAGCCCAGAGUGGCAGCAAGACGUUCUCGUUCCACACGAAAGCCUUUUAAAUGCUUUUAUGUGGGAUGAUCUUGAACACACCUUUCAUAGAGUA